UGCUGCCGGUGCCAGGGAGUGCCGCAUCGCCCGCGUCCCCGAGGCGCUGCUAGGAGCCGGCUGCUCGCUCUCCUCUCUCGCUCGGUUUUAUAGGAAAGGUAGAGACAUUUUGCUGUUCUUCUCCACUCCUCUUCUCCACCCUCACCCCACCCGGCCUUUGCCAGACGCUCUGCCCCCGCCUGGAGCUCCGCGCCGAAGAGCCAGCUCCUGAUCCAUCAGCCUCCCCAUCGUCACCCCGCGGAGCCUCCCCGCAGGGGCCGCGGAGGCAGCGGGGCGCGGAGGCUGCGAUGCGCGUGGGGGCCGCUUCUGUCACCUCUGGGGGGAGCAGAGGACAGGACCGAGAUCGGCGCCGCCCAAGCCGGUGCGCUUAGGGGUGUUGUCUUCGAUGAGAGAAAGGACUAGAAGAGGAGUGAGGUCCGCAUCUCUCUAAAGGAAAGGGAAGAGGGGACCGAAGUGGAGGCGCUUUGAUAGGCGAGCGGGGAGAGAAGUUUAUAUCCUUCAUUGACAAGCGGCGGGAAGGCGGGAGCAACAGGGUCCUUGAUUGGACACCCAGACAAAUCAUUUCCUGUGAAGAAGAGGAAGCAGGCGGCUUCGAGGUCUGGAGGCCAGAGUGUGGUGGAGGCCGGGGCCAGGUGAGCUGCCGGGGAGGCUCGGGACCAGCCAAACAAUGACUCACUUACAAGCCGGGCUGUCCCCGGAGACCCUGGAGAAGGCGCGCCUGGAGCUCAAUGAGAACCCGGACACCCUCCACCAGGACAUCCAGGAGGUGAGGGACAUGGUCAUCACCAGGCCGGACAUCGGCUUUCUGCGCACAGAUGAUGCCUUCAUCCUACGCUUCUUGCGGGCCAGGAAGUUUCAUCACUUCGAGGCCUUCCGCCUCCUGGCCCAGUACUUUGAGUACCGCCAGCAGAACCUGGACAUGUUCAAAAGCUUCAAGGCCACGGACCCUGGCAUCAAGCAGGCACUGAAGGAUGGCUUCCCCGGGGGCCUGGCCAAUCUGGACCACUAUGGCAGGAAGAUUCUAGUCCUUUUUGCUGCCAACUGGGAUCAGAGCAGGUACACACUGGUGGACAUUUUACGUGCCAUCUUGCUGUCUUUGGAAGCCAUGAUUGAAGAUCCUGAGCUUCAAGUGAAUGGAUUUGUUUUGAUCAUAGACUGGAGUAACUUCACCUUCAAGCAAGCCUCUAAACUGACACCCAGCAUGCUGCGAUUGGCUAUCGAAGGCCUUCAGGACAGUUUCCCAGCCCGAUUCGGAGGAAUUCAUUUUGUCAACCAGCCGUGGUAUAUCCAUGCCCUGUAUACGGUAAUCCGGCCUUUCCUAAAGGAGAAGACGCGGAAAAGGAUAUUUUUGCAUGGUAACAACCUAAAUAGUCUACACCAACUAAUUCAUCCUGAGAUCCUGCCCUCUGAGUUUGGAGGAAUGCUGCCCCCUUAUGACAUGGGAACCUGGGCAAGAACACUGCUCGACCACGAGUAUGACGAUGACAGUGAAUAUAACGUGGAUUCCUACAGCAUGCCUGUGAAAGAAGUAGAAAAGGAGCUCUCCCCCAAGUCCAUGAAGAGAUCCCAAUCAGUAGUGGAUCCUACAGUCCUAAAACGCAUGGAUAAAAAUGAGGAAGAAAACAUGCAACCUUUGCUCUCUCUGGACUGAUACCUGCUCUACACUCUCCAUGGAUUAGAAAUGAAAGGUACUUGUUUUCAGCAACAGGGACAGCACUGUGGAGGAAUUACCAGCUGGAAACUUAUUCUUGUCUAUGUAGCAUAGUAUAUAAUAAGACAUCAGGCUUUCCCCUUUGCCUGAACCAUGGGGGCCCUAGUCUGGAUUAAAAAGUGAAUAAUUUAUUCUGUAAGUGCCAAGUUCUUUGUAAAUACAAUGUAAUCUUUAUGUCAAGUUUGUAAAUUUUGGUAAUAACUAAAAUUGGAAAAGUUUGGCGUAUGAGUUCAUGCCAGUGAUGUGAACUAUUACGAAAAUAAAAGACAAAUACAUAAUCAAAGCUAAUUAAAUGAAGCCCUGAUUCCUAUGAAGCCAUAUUUCAGCUCUCAUCGUGAUGCUUCAUUGUUUUUAUCUGAAACUCUGUCAUAUUCAAAUGUACUUUUAAUGGGCACAAGGAACUAGAUGACUAUAGGAAAUUAUUAUGAUAAAUGUAUUUCCUGUCUAGUGAUUUUCAGUUUACAGAAAAUGUGUUCUAGUGACUAUCACUGGCCUUGCAUUUUGGAGACAAGGAAUGGAGGAUAAUCUGGUAAAUUGAACACUUAAACUCUUACAUAUUGUUUAAUUCCUGGAGUCUUGUAAAAUAAUACGUUCCCCAAAGUAAGAUGUGGAAUUCUGAGAGUGGAUCUUUUAAAAAAAUGCUGUAUUCACAAUGUAUCCUUUAUUCAAGACACACCCCACCCCAUUGAAUCCCUGCCUGAUUUAUUUUAAGAACAUUUUCCCCUCAAAAUUCUUUGACAAAGAGAAAGAGAACUCAUACAUAGUGUUUUGACUGGUAAUUUUGAACAUAAAAGUUCCUACAUACAGAUAAGGGGCUAAUUUUCAAUUAUUUUGCACUGGGUCAAAAAUGUAUAUUCACAAACAUAUAUAUAUAUAUAUUUUACUGAGCUCUUAAUAAAUCCUUGAUGUGAAAGGCUUAUGAAAUAAAUCAUCCAUAUUCAAUGGUCUUAGAGAUGGUAUAGAUAUUACAUGAGAUGCUAACUCUGGAAAACUACUUCUUCUAAAGUUAAUGAAAAUGAGGUAUAGUGAAACAGACUUUUAGUGAACCCAUUUAAGGGAAUUCUAACUUAAUUUAUAAUGUACUCUUCAAUCUGUGCCAUUUUAGUGAAAUGUAUUUUUCAAAACAAUAGGUCUCAACUUAGUGUAGGCAGUAUCAAGUGAUCAACAGUGCUACAUACAGAUUUUCUCAAUUUCAAGUUAAUUAUCCUAAUGAUCCUAUAAGUACACAUUUUCUUUUCAGAAAAGAUUGAAAGAACACAUUGCAUCCAGGAGACAUAAUGGAAGCAUCUGAGGGCAUCUGAGAUAGCAUAUUAUACUUUAAAUAUAGAUUUGGAAUCCUUAUGCCACUGAACGUUUUUAUUUCAUAAAAAUUCUGCAAUUAUAGCACAUUUUAAAAAUCUUACUUUAAAUUUCAAAUUCCAGUGUGAAAAAAGCAAAAAUUUUACCACCUCUUCAGAGUGGUAAUUUUUGAGAUUGAGAACUCACCAUUAAAAUAUCCUUUUGAAAGAAAAAUAUUUCAAGGAACUCUUGGAAACCAACAGAAAUAAAGUCGUGUAGCAGCCUUUACAUACUUUUUCACUAAAAACUUAAAAUUUUUCAGUUAUAACUCUACAGCCAAUAAUCUUAAAAUCAAGAUCAGUACAUCAAUCUGCAGUAUCACCAGUGGACAGUCUAAUAUUUGUAAACAUACAUAAAUAUACAUAAAUGAAAGAUCCCUUAAAAAUGCUAACCUCCAGUCAGGUGUGGAAGGAUAAUGACUGGUAGGUACUCUGUUCCACCGAUAAAUAACAUAGAGAUGGGAAUGAAUUGGGGAUAGAAAGCCGCAGCAACUCUUAUCUUUAUAAGAACCCUGACCUUGGUGUUCUUACCAUUUUCUAAUCUGACAUACAUUUUACAGCCUUGAACUUUAUGUACUAUACUAGAGGCCCGGUGCACGAAAUUCGUACACUUGGGGGGGGGGCGGUUCCCUCAGC